AUGAGACGAAACAAGGCUCCCAGUCAGAUUCGCGAGCACGGAUUGCCGGCAGAACGCCCCAGGGACCCCAUGGAUGUAUUACAUAAGCCGUUCAAGCGCCCGGCGCCGUCGUCUGGCUCCAGCUACAACUCCAACUGGCAGCCGUCCAGACGCGCCAGAACGGCCGUCAACUACACGGAAGGCGAUCCGGAUGCGCCAGUGUACCGAUCUGACGACCCCGAGAAACGUGGCGGAGGUGCUGUCGUUCGCCGUGAUCCAUUGGCGGUCCUGAACCAAAACUUCCGAGUGCCGUUCAAAAACCGAAAUGACGACUUUGUGGAAUCUUUUCCGGCGCUGGGGAUGCGCAAACCGGUGGAUUUUGUGCCCCGACCGCUGCACGACCCCGCGGGAGAGUUUGCUAUUGUUCUGUACGACCCUACCGUCGACGGAGUAAAAGAUGCCGUCACCGAAGAGGAUAUCCAGACCGCCACCGAAAUGACCCUGUCGCAGUCGGAGACAGAUGUGGAGACGGUGGAGGAGAUGAGAACAAUACCCAAGAAACUCACGCUCGCAGAAAUCCUCGGAAUCUCCCCCAGAGAUAAACAAAAGCCCAAAGAGUAUCCGGAAGUGCCAGUUGUAAUUGAUCCCAAGCUCGCCAAAAUCCUCAGACCACACCAGGUCGAAGGAGUCAAAUUUCUGUACCGCGCCACCACCGGCCUCAUCAACCCCAAGGCCCAUGGGUGCAUCAUGGCUGACGAAAUGGGUCUGGGCAAGACUCUUCAGUGCAUUGCGCUGUUGUGGACGUUGCUGAAACAGAGUCCCCAGGGCAAGGGCACGAUUUCCAAGGCCAUUGUAGUUUGCCCCAGUUCUCUGGUGCGAAACUGGGCCGCCGAGUUUGUCAAGUGGCUCGGGGAGGGAGUCGUUGUUCCUUAUGCCGUGGAUGGGUCUCAGAAACCGGCUGAGUUGACGGCUGGUCUGAGACAGUGGGCCGAGGCUGAGGGCCGCAAAGUCACACGACCGGUGCUCAUCAUCUCAUAUGAUACACUACGACGCCAGGUGGGUGCCAUUGCCGACUCUGAGGUGGGUCUUUUACUUGCUGACGAGGGUCAUAAACUGAAAAAUGGCGAUUCUCAGACAUUUACCGCGCUCAAUCAGCUCAAUGUGAAGCGUCGAGUCAUUCUCUCAGGUACUCCGAUCCAGAACGAUCUUUUGGAGUACUUUUCGCUGCUGAACUUUUCCAAUCCUGGCCUGCUAGGCACCAAAGGCGAGUUUCGAAAGAACUACGAGAUUCCCAUUCUCAAGGGCAGAGAUGCCGAUGGUACGGAUAAAGAUGUGGAGAAGGCCGAGGCGAAACUGCUGGAAAUGGCCUCUAUUGUCUCUCCUCUUAUCAUCAGACGUACCAACGACAUUCUGAGCAAGUAUCUGCCAGUCAAAUACGAACAUGUUGUCUUCUGCAAUCUCGCACCGUUCCAAAAGUCGCUCUAUGUGCAAUUUCGAACGUCCAAGGAGGCCAGAUCUUUGUUGAAGGGUGAAAAGAGCAGUGAAGGAACCACCACUUUGAAUGCCAUUGGUAUCCUCAAAAAGCUGUGCAAUCAUCCAGAUCUGCUGAAGCUGCCGGACGAAAUUGAGGGAUGCAGAAAGGUGUUUCCAGACGAUUAUGCGCCGCCAGACGAACGAGGGUCGCGUGAUCGCGACAUUUAUCCGCAUUUCUCCGCCAAGUUUCUCAUUCUCGAGCGGAUGUUGCGGUCAAUCAAUGCUGAAACCAACGACAAGAUUGUCAUCAUUUCAAAUUACACGGCCACUCUCGAUUUGAUUGAAAAAAUGUGUCGUCAGAGACGGUAUGGGUGUCUUCGUCUUGAUGGAACCAUGAACAUCAACAAACGAGCCAAGUUGGUGACUCAAUUCAACGACCCCGAGGGCCAAGAGUUCAUUUUCCUGCUCUCUUCCAAGGCCGGAGGUUGCGGUUUGAAUCUAAUUGGAGCUAACCGUCUGAUUUUGAUGGAUCCAGAUUGGAACCCUGCCGCAGAUCAGCAGGCUCUCGCUCGAGUAUGGAGAGAUGGCCAGAAGAAGGACUGUUUCGUCUACCGUCUGAUUGCUACUGGCACGAUUGAGGAGAAGAUUUUCCAGCGGCAGUCCAUGAAGCAGUCCCUGUCGACCUGUGUGGUUGACGAGGUGCAGGACGUGGAGCGGCACUAUUCCAUGUCCAACUUGCGGGAGCUGUUUUCGUACGAUGACGCCACCCCUUGCAACACCCACGAUAUGUAUGAGUGUAAACGAUGCCGUGGAGGGAAGCAGUACCAGAGGGCUCCUGCCAUGCUGUAUGGAGACGCCACCACGUGGAACCAUUACUACAAGGGAACCAUGGGGAAGAUUGAGGAUCUGUUGCUGCGGCAGGAGGAGGAGUUUGACGAGGUGAGUUUUGUGUUCCAAUACAUUUCUCACUAG